AAUCGAUCGGGGUUUUUUUAGACUGAACGACGUGGGUUCUAGGUUCUAUGGCGAAAAAAUUUAAAGCAGAAGAGAACCACAAACAAAUAGAUAUGAUGAUGGAGGUUGAUGCUGGAGGAGAAAAAGUGCCAAAGAACGCACAUUUUGCUUGUUUAAUCCUAGCCCGCGGAGGCAGUAAGGGCAUCAAGUUGAAGAAUAUAAAACCACUUGCUGGUCAGCCCCUGAUCAGUUGGGUGUUGCGAGCUGCCAUCGACUCUGGAGUGUUUGACAGUGUAUGGGUGUCAACAGACCAUGAUGACAUUGCACGUGUUAGUAAAGAGUGGGGCGCCCAGGUAUUUCGAAGAAGUGCGCACUCAGCCCGAGACACAGCAACAUCACUUGAGGGUGUUCAGGAAUUUCUCCAUGCUCACCCAGAAAUUGACUUUGUUGGUCAAAUCCAAUGCACAGCGCCAUGCCUUCAUCCUUGGCACAUUCAGGGACCGGUUCGAAUGCUGCGAUACGAGGAGUUUGAUUCCGUGUUCGCUGUCGUGCGAUCACACAGCUUUAGGUGGCAAGAGGUGCCAAAAGGAGAGAUAACAAAACCUCUAAACCUAGAUCCAGGAAAACGGCCUCGAAGGCAAGAUUGGGAUGGCGAAUUGUUUGAGAACGGGUCAUUCUAUUUUGCAACGCGGCAACUGCUGCUCGAUGGGUACUUUCAAGGUGGCAAGGUUGGUUAUUUUGAGAUGGCACCAGAAUACAGUGUGGACAUUGAUACCGACAUAGACUGGAUAAUUGCCGAGCAGCGAGUCAUUAAAUUUGGUUACUUUGGGAAGAUCAAACCACAAGGUGUCAAGUUAGUAGUGUUCUCAGUUGAAGGUGUCUUAACAGACAACCAAGUUUACUACACAGCAGAUGGAAAAGACUUUCAGUCCUACAAUCACACGGAUAUAAUAGGAAUUAAAGAACUCAUCAAAAAGGAUGUACACGUUAAGCUUAUUUCAUCUGAAGACAAUCAGCUGCACCAGAGGUUUGCGGAUCGCAUAGGAAUAGAGAUUGUGUUAAAUUGCCAGGAGAAGUUUGUCCAGAUGGAAAAAUGGCGGGAAGACCUUGGCCUUGAUAUGAAUCAAGUUGCGUUUAUGGGAAGUGAUAUGCCAGACCUAGAGUGUGUCAAAUUGUACGGAAUAGGGGGUUCCCCAAAAGAUGCUCAACAUGACGUCGUAACUUGCUCCGGCUUUGUAUCAAAGCUGGAUGGCGGCCGAGGAGCGGCAAGAGAUUUUUGUAACCAUGUGCUAAUGGUAAUGCAAAAGGCUAAGUCUGUUAAUUCCCUGUAAAACUAAGAUGAUUUUGAAAAAACUUUUUAAGAUUUUCCCUGAUCACCUUUCAACAGCUUGAAUUAAUGUUUUUAAAUAUUUGACAUAUUUUGUUUUUAAUAUAUUUAAUUUUAUCAAUAUUUCUACAGCUCAGUUAAAAGUUUAUUAUUUUCGGUAUAAAUUUAAUUGUAAUAAAAUAGUUUUCAAAUUUUAACAUUGUUUUUUGGGGUUAAUCAACUUUACAAUUAUUGCAGAAACUCAGUGAUUAUAAAUGUUACGAAAUAUUACGGUAUUUUAUGUAUACUGAGCCCACAGUAUUUUGAUGCUUGGCUACCAUUGCGAUGAUCUUAGGUUUUAGUGCAGUGAAUGCGAAGGCCUUUCCUCUUUACUAGGAUGAACUUUACUCUAUAAGACUCAUAAUAAGAGACUUAGUGUAAAGAGCAAUGGUUCUCAAACGAUGGGUCGUUUAUAAUACCGCUAUUGCCUCGAUAUAAAAUAUGGUCACUCUUCAGGAUUUCGUUUAAAUUUUGUUUCAUCAUAUUUGUCAUAGCAAAAAGAUCUCAUUUUAAGUAUCAUUUAAACAUUUUUCUUUCAGUUUUGGUUACCAGUUAAUGACCUGUUUUAGUAUCUAUUUCUUUAGUGUCCGGGAAAUUUCAUGUAUAUUUAAUUUUUAUUUCUAAAAUUUAGUAGUAUAUUCCAAUGCUGACAUUUUUAGUACAAGCUUUGAUGUUGGUAGAAAUUUGUCUUUUGUUUUAUCAAAUUUAUUUUCAAUAACACAUUUGUAUUGUUUCUAUUUUAAGAAACAACUCAAUAGUUCUUUACUUGUAUUUUGUAUCUAUAUUUAUUUCUCUUUUGAUUUCUGCCUCAUAAUAUGUUGGCACUCUUACACAUUUACUGAUAUUGAAAAGAUGAAUUUCUUCUCGAUGUUAAACCUAAUAACAAUAGAUUGUUUGGUUUGAGGAGUAUCUUGAUUAUUACACGUAUGGACAGCCUUAAACUACUAAAUUAGACAUUGUAACAUUUAUCUGAUUACUUCUAAGUGAGGUACUUAUAUGACUGUAUCUUGUCGUAAACAGUGUCAUCUUUUAUUUUGUUAUAGUAAAUAUAACAUACGAGAUUUUACCGGCAGAUUCAAUAAUCAUUCCUUAUUAGUCAAGGAUAUUUUAUGUCUAAGCAGUGGCGGUGCCUGUGGAAGUUCAGGGGAGCACAGGACCGGCCCCACUCUCAGGAAAACCUGAAACCCCUAUCAGGGAAGAACUCUAUCAUUUUGUCAGGGAGCUCUGCUUUGAACAAAGCAUUCUUACAGUUAGAGUGCCAUUUCCAGGCAUGUAGAGGUUUUAAAAUUUGCUCCUUCAAUUGUUGGGCUAGAGAUGGGUGUGGACUUCUGUUGGGGAUCACUUUUCAGGAACCUUUGAUCCCUGUCGUCGCAACCUUUAACCCCUCAUCUGAAGCACUGUCCAGACUAUCAAAUUUUAUUUGACAAAAACAUGACAUUCCUAAAUAUGGUCAUGAAGACUGACCAUAUAUAGGCACAUCAUGCCUAUAUAUGGGAAUACAGCCCAAUCGCUGACACUGUGUCUAAAUUAAUUAUAAUACAACAUGCACAACAGCUCAUUCAAGUUUUUGCUUGCAUUUUAACUCAGAAACUAAUAAAGUUUGAUGAACUUGUAAACAGGGUUAAAUUUUGUAAGCAUGAUGGCUUGUUCUAUAGUAAACUAAAAUGAAUUUUAAUCCACAAAAGUAUGUAAUAAUAAUAAUAAUAAUAAUAAUUCUUAUAUAGCACAUAAUAUAAUAAAAUAUAACCAUGAAAUAUUCUAAUGCUACAUGGAAAUCAAAAAAAGAAAAUGGCAAGAAAGCAGUAUAAUCACUUUCACUGCUCUGUUCUCCAACACUUUGAAGCUUAAUAUUAAAGGCUCGCUGGAACAGUACUCAUAGGAGCUCUGGUGAAAAUGACGUCUAGCUAGCCUAUCCUACAAUAUUAAUACAAAAAUCCAGUGAGAGCAAGAUUGCCAGAAAACAAUACAAGAGGAGAAAAAUAUGACUUGAAAAUGUGUUUUUUAAGGGACUUCUUAAACAUUUCAACUGACGUUGAAUUUUUUAUAUCCUCCAUGAAACAUCUUAAUAGGAGUGAUUCUGUAUAAAAGCUGAUUCAACUGUAAUAGGCAUCUUUGUUGUAGAAGGUGCAUUUCAAAUAUGUACAUAAUCACAUAUUUUCUUUGGUCACACAUUAGUCACUUUUUAUGCAUUAACAUUUUUUAAUACCGAAUCCCCAUGAUGGAAUUUGAUGUUUUAACAUUUAUGUGCUCAUGCACUGUUUUGACGUAAAUUAAAUGACGUAAUUAAGGAACAUGGAUUAUCAGUCAGGUACUCAAAAGCUAGGGUGGGUUUAUACCAGAAGGUAGACCUUUACUCAAUGUCCCUACAAUAAUAAUGGUUUGACCCAGCAAUACGUUUUCCCAAAUAUGGAGAAAUUAUGACAUUUGCAAUUAGUUUUACUGAUGAAACGUAUUGUAAAUAGAAUGUCUUUUUAACUAAGGUCAUAUAGUAUUAUUGUAAUAAAUUUUACAAUUAUAUCGAA